AUGAUCCAAGGGGAAAUGGUCCAAGGGGACCUGCUGCACCACUUGGAUACCCACAAGUCUAUGGACCUGGAUGGGAUCCACCCUAGGGGCACCAACAUCCUCAGCACUGGCAGAAAACCUGGCCAUGCUCCUUCAUCCACCGGGGCCUCACUUGCUUCUUUCUCUUCCUCUUCUACAGAUACCACAACCACGACCAGUACUGCAGAGACUACCACAACCUCACCCACAACUGCAGAAACCACUACUCCAGAUACCACAACCACAACGGGCAUCAUAUGUGACAGCCGUCCAGCAACUACCACAACCCCACCCACGACCGUAGGCAGCAUUCCUCCAGGUGCCUCCGUGAGCCUGGUGAACGGCAGGAACCGCUGUGAGGGGCGUGUAGAAAUUUUCUUCCCGGGGGGCCGGGGCACCGUCUGUGAUGACAGCUGGGACCUGAGCGAUGCCCAGGUUGUGUGCAGGCAGUUGGGAUGUGGCUCUGCUGUUGCUGUAACAUCAAGCAACGCCUUUGGACCAGGCAGUGGCCAGAUCUACCUGGAUGACGUGAACUGUGCAGGGUGGGAGUCCUCCCUCUUCCAAUGCAGCCACAAUGGCUGGGGCGUCCACAACUGUGGCCACAGUGAAGAUGCUGGUGUUGUUUGUUCAGAUGCCCUAAUCAUGAGAACCACUUUUGCUUCAACAACCAUUCCAGAUACCACAACCACGACCACCACCAUAGGCACCACUACUCCAGGUACCACAACCACAACGGGCAUCAUCUGUGACACCCUUCCAGAUACCACAACCACGACGACCACCACCACAGGCCCCACUACUCCAGAUACCACAACCCCACUCACAACCACAGAAAACACUACUCCAGAGACUACCACAACCACCACUGACAGCACAAGCACCACUACUCCAGGUACCACAACCACAACGGGCAUCAUCUGUGACACCCUUCCAGAUACCACAACCACGACCACCACCACAGGCCCCACUACUCCAGACACAAGUUUUUUUUGUGGUAGCCUACUUUUUACUCCCUCCGGGACAUUUGAGAGUCCUUAUCCUUUGAAUUAUCCAGAGAGAGCAGAUUGUUUGUGGGAAAUACAAGUAGCAAAUAAUUUUCGCAUUAUGCUGACAUUCGAAAGUGUUCAGUUGCUGGGUGGAUGCCUGUAUGACUAUAUUGAGAUCUAUGAUGGGCCACCCAAUACUUCACCUCUACUUGGAAGAAUUUGUUCUACUUCUAAACUCACAUACAGGUCAUCCUCGAACUUCAUGACUGUCAAGUUUUACAGUGACUCCAAAUAUUCCAAUGGAAGGUUUCGGGCUCAGUAUAAGUCCUUUCCAGCAGACCAGAAUACCACCCUUGCGUGCUACCCAACCUCCAUGCACGCAGUUGUGGACAGACGCUAUCUCCAGUCACAGGGCUACUCAGUGAGGAGCAUCAGCUUGCCUGACUCCAACUGUAGACCAACAAUCACAUCAACGAUGGUUAUAUUCAACAUUCCAUACAAUGGCUGUGGCACGCAGAGACUGGCCGACAGCGAAACCAUCACCUACUCCAACGUGAUAAAAGCGUCUGCUCCUGGUUACACCAUCAAAAGGCAGAAGGACCUUCACCUCCAUGUCAGCUGCAAAAUGAUCCAGAACACCUGGGUGCAAGUAGUGUACACAGCCAAUGACAUCACUGAUGUCAGUGAAACCCAGUAUGGCAGAUACAACGUGGACCUGGCAUUCUACAAUUCCUCAUCUUUCCUGUGGCCGGUGCAGAACUUCCCAUACUACGUUGACCCGAAUCAGAAUUUGUUCCUCCAAGCAUCUCUUCACAACUCUGACCAAAAUCUGAUAGUGUUUGUGGACACCUGCGUGGCAUCACCGGAUCCCAGUGAUUUUAGAACGGCGACCUAUGAACUGAUCAAAAGGGGGUGUGUUAAGGACCCUACCUACUCUUUGCACUCCUCGCCGCGCGGCAGCGUCGCUCGGUUUUCGUUUAACGCUUUCUCCUUUGCUGAGCAAUACCCGUCGGUUUACCUGCAGUGCGAGCUGGUGGUGUGCAGGCAGAGAGACUACUCCUCCCGCUGCUAUCAGGGCUGUGUGAGUAGGCUCAAGAGGAAUUCGGGUUCUUCCCAGGGACGGGUGAAUGUUGUUGUUGGACCUGUGCAGCUUCGGGAAGCUCACGCUGAGAACAGGAACGCUGAGCUCGACUCUGACAUGCAGGCAAGAGGGGAGUCUCUGAGCUCAGAGCCUGCUGGCAGCUCCCACGUCCCCCUGGCUGUCACCGCCGUGGUGCUGGGAGCUGCUGCUCUUCUCACCAUGGGAGGAUUUCUUUUGAAGCGUGAGCUGCAGAAACCCAUCCCCUACCAGAUAAUGUCCAGCUAUGAAAGAGCUUAUUUGUCUGACUGUUUUGUGCUCGAUUCCCUCUCUCCCAAAGCUCCCUCUAUCCAGCUGGUGAACGGAAGGCACCGAUGUGAAGGUCGCGUUGAGAUCCACUACAGAGGACAGUCGGGGACAGUUUGUGAUGAUUACUGGGACCUUGCCGAUGCCCAGGUUGUGUGCAGGCAGCUGGGAUGUGGCCGGGCCAUUGCAGCUAUGGGAAGUGCAUACUUUGGGCAAGGCUCUGGCAGCAUCCUGCUGGACAACGUGAGGUGCAAUGGGAAUGAGAUGUCCCUGUGGCGUUGCAAUCACUCGGGAUGGAGGAUACACAACUGUGCCCACUACGAAGAUGCUGGUGUUGUCUGUUCAGAAGAGGCUGAUGCAGCAUCGACAACCACCGUGGCACCAGCAACAGCAACACUGGAGGCAGUGUUCGAGUUGCCUCUAGUUGUUGAAACUACAACAUUCCCAGAAACAACGGAAUUUCUAACAGAGACAACAACCUCAGCAUCAACAGAGAUGACGACAUCCCGAGGGGAGACAACCAUGUCAGCAUUAAUAGCCAGCACAAUGGAGACACCAUCAUCAGGGCCACCAACCAGCAUGGUGCCACUGACCACCAGUGCAGAGCUGUCAUUCUCAGAGAUGACCACCGCAGUGCCAGUGACAACCCUAGAGAUGACAACCCUAGAGACAUCAACCCUAGAGACAUCAACCACCAAACCACUAAUGACCUCCCUAGAAGACAUGUUCCCUUCACCAGAGAUGACCACCACAGUGACAUCUAGUUCCUCACCACCGAUGUUUACCCAGCUUGAUACAACCACCACAGCAACACUGGCCACUGCAGCUGAGGAGAGCAGAGCAGAGACGUCCAGUGCACCGGAGACAACCACCACAGCCCUACCAACCAGCACAGCCCCACCACCCUCCACAGGCCUACCAACCUCCAUAGCCCUACCAACCUCCACAGCCCUACCACUCUCCACAGCAGAGGCAUCCACCUCAACAGAGGUGAUCCCCACACUGAGAACAACUACCACAGCAGAAGAGAGCACAGCAGGUGCCAGGCUGCGCCUGCGGGGCGGCAGGAACGGCUGCGAGGGCCGCGUGGAGCUGUACGACGGCAGCACGUGGGGCACGGUGUGUGAUGACCAGUGGGACCUGCGGGAUGCCCAGGUGGUGUGUCGGCAGCUGGGCUGUGGGGAGGCCCUGGGUGCCCCACGCACUGCCCACUUUGGCCCGGGCUCCGGCCGCAUCUUCCUGGACGACGUGCAGUGCCGUGGGGACGAGCCCUCCCUGCGGAUGUGCAGGCACAACGGCUGGGGAGUGCACAACUGUGGGCACGUGGAGGAUGCCAGUGUCAUCUGUGCAGGCACCCGUCCAACCCCUCCUGCUCAAUGGCCACAACACACAACAGGUGCCAGGCUGCGCCUGCGGGGCGGCAGGAACGGCUGCGAGGGCCGCGUGGAGCUGUACGACGGCAGCACGUGGGGCACGGUGUGUGAUGACCAGUGGGACCUGCGGGAUGCCCAGGUGGUGUGUCGGCAGCUGGGCUGUGGGGAGGCCCUGGGUGCCCCACGCACUGCCCACUUUGGCCCGGGAUCCAGCCGCAUCUUCCUGGACGACGUGCAGUGCCGUGGGGACGAGCCCUCCCUGCGGAUGUGCAGGCACAACGGCUGGGGAGUGCACAACUGUGGGCACGUGGAGGAUGCCAGUGUCAUCUGUGCAGGCACCCGUCCACCCCCUCCUGCUCAAUGGCCAAACACAACAGGUGCCAGGCUGCGCCUGCGGGGCGGCAGGAACGGCUGCCAGGGCCGCGUGGAGCUGUACGACGGCAGCACGUGGGGCACGGUGUGUGAUGACCAGUGGGACCUGCGGGAUGCCCAGGUGGUGUGUCGGCAGCUGGGCUGUGGGGAGGCCCUGGGUGCCCCACACACUUCCCACUUUGGCCCGGGAUCCGGCCGCAUCUUCCUGGACGACGUGCAGUGCCGUGGGGACGAGCCCUCCCUGCGGAUGUGCAGGCACAACGGCUGGGGAGUGCACAACUGUGGGCACGUGGAGGAUGCCAGUGUCAUCUGUGCAGAGACGUCCACCCCACUGGACAUGAGCACCACAGAGCCAUCCACAGCCAGAGCAGAUGUGUCCACCCCAGCAGAGGUGACCAUCCCAGUGACAAUGCCUGCCAGAGCAGAGGAGAGCACACCAGGUGCCAGGCUGCGCCUGCGGGGCGGCAGGAACGGCUGCCAGGGCCGCGUGGAGCUGUACGACGGCAGCACGUGGGGCACGGUGUGUGAUGACCAGUGGGACCUGCGGGAUGCCCAGGUGGUGUGUCGGCAGCUGGGCUGUGGGGAGGCCCUGGGUGCCCCACGCACUGCCCACUUUGGCCUGGGCUCCGGCCGCAUCUUCCUGGACGACGUGCAGUGCCGUGGGGACGAGCCCUCCCUGCGGAUGUGCAGGCACAACGGCUGGGGAGUGCACAACUGUGGGCACGUGGAGGAUGCCAGUGUCAUCUGUGCAGUCACCCGUCCAACCCCUCCUGCUCAAUGGCCACAACACACAACAGGUGCCAGGCUGCGCCUGCGGGGCGGCAGGAACGGCUGCCAGGGCCGCGUGGAGCUGUACGACGGCAGCACGUGGGGCACGGUGUGUGAUGACCAGUGGGACCUGCGGGAUGCCCAGGUGGUGUGUCGGCAGCUGGGCUGUGGGGAGGCCCUGGGUGCCCCACGCACUGCCCACUUUGGCCCGGGAUCCAGCCGCAUCUUCCUGGACGACGUGCAGUGCCGUGGGGACGAGCCCUCCCUGCGGAUGUGCAGGCACAACGGCUGGGGAGUGCACAACUGUGGGCACGUGGAGGAUGCCAGUGUCAUCUGUGCAGAGAUGUCCACCCCACUGGACAUGAGCACCACAGAGCCAUCCACAGCCAGAGCAGGUGUGUCCACCCCAGCAGAGGUGACCACCCCAGUGACAAUGCCUGCCAGAGCAGAGGAGAGCACACCAGGUGCCAGGCUGCGCCUGCGGGGCGGCAGGAACGGCUGCCAGGGCCGCGUGGAGCUGUACGACGGCAGCACGUGGGGCACGGUGUGUGAUGACCAGUGGGACCUGCGGGAUGCCCAGGUGGUGUGUCGGCAGCUGGGCUGUGGGGAGGCCCUGGGUGCCCCACGCACUGCCCACUUUGGCCUGGGCUCCGGCCGCAUCUUCCUGGACGACGUGCAGUGCCGUGGGGACGAGCCCUCCCUGCGGAUGUGCAGGCACAACGGCUGGGGAGUGCACAACUGUGGGCAUGUGGAGGAUGCCAGUGUCAUCUGUGCAGCUCCUGCGGCCACCACGCCACCUCCAUCAGCACCUUCUUUUUGUGGCGGCUCAAUCUCAGAUUCCUCUGGGGUGCUGCAGAGUCCCCACUACCCUGGAAGUUAUCCAAACAACGCUGACUGCGAGUGGCAAAUACAAGUCGAGAGCAAUUUCCGUGUUACACUCACAUUUAGAGAUAUUGAGAUGCAAGGCAGCACGUGCCAGCAUGACUACGUUGAAGUCUAUGACGGGCCUCGACACACUUCCCCACUUCUUGGGAGACUUUGCUCUGGUUCCUUCCCCACAUACAUGUCCUCUUCGAACAUGAUGACCGUUCACUUUCACAGUGAUUCUAGAUACUCCUUCAGAGGCUUUCAGGCUCACUACUCCUCCAUCCCAGCAGAUCACAACACCACCCUUCUGUGCCUACCAGACUACAUGCAUGCAGUGGUGAGCAGGGAUUACCUCCAGUCUCAAGGCUACUCAGCCCAGAUGGUCACCCUGAAUGACAAUCGCUGCAGACCAACCAUCACCCCACAGGAGGUUGUGUUCAACAUUCCCUACGACGGCUGCGGGACGACACGAGAGGAGAACAACGACACAAUCAACUAUUCCAACACGAUCAAAAUCGCAUCUUCUGGGUACAUAAUCAAGAGGAAAAAGAACAUCAACUUGCAUAUCAGUUGCAAAAUGCUGCAGAAGACGUGGAUGCAAGUAAUGUACACUGCUGAGGACACUGUGGAUGUGAAUGAGUAUCAGUUUGGAAGAUAUGACAUGAACAUCACCUUCUAUGAUUCCUCGGCGUUCUCGCGGCAAGUGCGCAGCUCCCCGUACUUCAUCGACUUGAACCAGAAUUUGUACCUUCAAGCUUGUCUUCACAGCUCAGACCCAAAUCUGAAGGUGUUUGUGGACACGUGUGUGGCAUCGCCUGAUCCUCGUGACUUUCACACUCUGGCCUAUGACAUAGUCAGGGACGGGUGUCCCAGAGAUUCCUCCUAUGCCACGUUCUACUCCCCUUCCAGCCACUUUGCUCGGUUCAAAUUCAAUGCCUUUGAGUUCAUCAGCCGCCACCCCUCGGUGUACCUGAAGUGUGAGCUGAUGGUCUGCAGGCUCGGGGACUAUUCCUCCCACUGCUACCGGGGCUGCACCAGGAGGUCCAAGAGAGACACAAGUUCUGUCGAGGAAAAAGUGGACGUGGUCGUCGGGCCAAUUCAGCUCCGAGAAGGGGCUGCUCAGAGUGGGAAUACUACUAAAGCCAAAUAAAUUUCUCUCACGUUUGCUGUAAGGUGACUUCAGGCUCCAGGAAAAGCCAUAGCUCUGCAUUUC